CAUAAAAACGCGCUGAGCCAUUGUUGAUGGACGGUUCAUUGUCAACAUAAAAUCGUUCAAUUUAUAUCGAUUUCAAUCAAAAACAUCACAUUGCUUAAUAUAUUCGUUAAGAAAAUUCUCAAAAAAACUUGAAUAAAUUUCUCCGAUUUUGUAUAAUAUUAUCGAAUCUUUAUCUUCGUUAUUAGUUGUUGUAAAUAUAUAAAUGGAUAAUAAUAUCCCUAAAGAAGAGAAUAACAAUACUGAAGAACUUGAAACGGAUACGAAAGAUCAAAAUUUUAUGGCCGAAAUGGUCGAAGUUCGUGUUAAAAUGUACAUGUGUCGUAUAUGUGGUAUUCGUUAUGAUAAUAUGGAAUCAAUGAAACAACAUUAUAAUGAAGACCAUCCAACAACAAGUGCCGAAGAUGAAUCGAUGGAAGAAAAAAUUACAACAAUCAAAGAAGAAAUAAUGGAAGAUGAAGAAGAAACACUUGGUGAUGAAGGUGAAACACAGACAAAUUAUGUUAUCAUUGGUGAAGAUGGUCAACCAUUAGAUUUACCAAUGGAAAGUAUACAGGUUCUACAGAUUGCUGAUGGUGGAGAAAAUGGUGGACAAAUUGUAUUUCGUGUUAUAAAUCAAGAUGAAACUGAUGGUGUCGGUGAUAUUGAAGAUCAUGAAGAACAACAAGUUAAUGAAAUGGCCAUAAUCAGUGAAGAAACAGCAAUAGUCCCGGUAGAAAUGGCUUCCAUAGGUGAAGUUAUUGAACGUCGACGUACACGGCAACAACAAAAUGAUGAUAAUAAUCAAACUGAUGGUACAUCUUCACCACCGUCAGCAACACCAACAACGCCAUCGAAACGUGGUCGUAAACGUAAAAAUGCAGCACAAACACCAAUAUUGGAACCAAAAUCAUUAAAUACAUCGGCUUCUGCGACAACAUUAGCAUCGACAAGACCUAAACGUAUGGUCGUCCCGAACAUUAAAUCUGAAUUUGUCUAUGAAGGUAUAUCACAAUCAGUAGAAACGCCUAUUACAACAACCAAACAAUCUCGGCAAUCCGAUCAAACAUCAUCAUAUACAUUCAUUCGUGAAGGUGGUGUUAUAACGGCAUUCCAAGUAACCAAUGAAUUAGAAACAUCAACAUCGAAAACUAUUGAUAAUGGAACAACCGAAAUCGAUGAAGCAGAUGAAGCAACAACACUUGUUGGUGAGGAUGGUGAUGGUAACCAUUCCUCUUCUAUUAUGACAACACGUGUUCGUAAUCGUAAUGCUGUUGAUGAUGAUGAAGAUUAUCCAGCUGAUUAUACACCAACAUCUAAAGUGAAAAAAGGUCGUCAAGUUGAACCAAAAGACGAGGAUAACCAUCUUCGAAGAUUUCCAUGUCCAUUUCAAGGAUGUAAAUAUGUGGCAAAAUAUCGUUCAAAUCUUUGGGAUCAUAAAAAAACACAUACCGGAGAGAAACCAUACGCUUGUAAUUGGCCAUCAUGUUCGAUGCGUUUUUCGCAAACACAUCAACUGAAAUUACAUCUUCGAUCACAUACAGGUGAAAGGCCAUAUGUUUGUGAUUGGCCUGGCUGCAAUUCGGCAUUUAGCCAAAAACCUGGAUUAAAAUCACACAUGUUGACCCAUACUGGCGAGAAACCAUUUAAAUGCGAUUUUCCCGGUUGUGGUUGGACAUUCCGUCUAAAAGGUGCUCUAACCGAUCAUAAGAGAGCCAUACAUGAGAAUGCUAAGAAACAUGUUUGUGAAUGGCCUGGAUGUAACAAACGUUUCCUACAACAAUGUCACUUGAAGAAACAUAUUAUGGGUCAUGCUGAUAUUAAACCAUUUGCAUGUGAUUGGCCUAAUUGUAAUUAUAAAGCCGUCACAAUGGCCUAUGUUACGAAUCAUCGUAAAACACAUACAGGCGAAAAGAAUUAUGAAUGUACAUUUCCAAAUUGUAAUAAACGAUUCGUAAAAUCAAGCCACGUGAAUCGUCAUCGACAACGUUGUCAUCCAGAAUUGUUUAUAAUCGAUAUGGAACAUGCUGAAUAUGAUGACGAUGGUGAUGAUGAUUAUGGUGAAGAUGAUGAUAUUGCCGAUAAUAAUCCAACCAAUGGUGGUGAUGGUGAAGUUGGUGGUGAAGGAGAAUCAACAACCGAUCUCAUUCAGCAACAAGAUGGUGAUGAUAAUAAUACAACAGCUCCUACUUCAAAUACUGAAAAUGUUCAAACUAUUAAUGGCAAUGUGGAUAAUAAUGCUCAUUAUAUUAUCACUGAAGAUACGGAUGAUGGACAACAAUUAAUGAUAGAAUUGAAAAAAGAACAUUUUGAUGAUGAUGAUGAAGAACAGAUUGUUGAUAGCAACGUACAAACAGAAAAAACAACGGAACCGGAAUCAACUUCUACUACAGAAACGACAACGAAUAAUCCAAAGAAUUCGCCGGCAACAAAAACGAAAACAAUGACAACGACAACCACACCUACUCGAAUGACCACCAGAAGUCGAGGAGCUGCUAAAACGACAACAUCAAGCGGAAAUAAUAAUGAUUGUGAUUGAAAAUCGAGAAACAAAACAAAACAAAAAAAUUAUUAUUUGAUCGAUAUAUCGAUUGUUGUUAUCGUUAAUUGUUCUGUGUAAUGGCUUGUAAUAAUUUUUUUUUUGUCAACAACAACACUGAUAUUAUCGGAUUUCCUUUGUGUGUGUGUUUGAAUUUUAUACUAUUUUUAAAUGUAUUUUUUUCAAUAUAUGAAAAAAGGCUGAUUUGAUUUUAAUAACACAAUUUAUGGUAGCUAAACUACACACACACACACACACACACACAAAC